AUGCUGCUUCAAAAUUCUCCUUCUCUUCCACCCCAGCCGUCCACCCCCACCGAAAUACUGGCUCUUCCUUCAGUUCUGAUAGAUUUUAUGGCCAUGACAGUGUGCGAUCUUAUACCUUCUAGAAAAUGCAAAUCUCAGCAGAAUACCUUUGGGCAAGAUAGACACCCUAUGCCAGAACUAGUUCAUUUCAUUCAAAAGAUCACAUUUUCAGCCGGUGUCAACUGCCGUACUGCCCUCGUGGCUCUCAUCUACCUUGAUCGCGCAAAGGCCGCGUUACCCAAAGGUGCUGCUGGUGGCCACGAUACUCCUCAUCGUAUGUUUCUUGCUAGUAUGCUAUUGGCAUCAAAGUAUUUGCGUGGAACGCGAUGGUCGCCACCAUUCUCUCCUCACCAGCCACUACUACCAACCGUACCUUCAUCAUGGCAACAUUACUACUCUUAUCUUUCCAGUAAUCCUUCUUAUUGUCUCGGCCCACUGACCAAUGCCCAGCUAUCCAAUCUGUGUUCUGGCCUGUUCUCACUCGAGCAAGUCAAUACUAUCGAACGCGCCUUUCUAAAACUCAUCGACUAUAGAUGUUGGGUAGACGACCUGGAAGUCAAGGAAUUUGUACUCAAGCACCGUGUAGAUUUUUCUCUUUAA